AUGGCAGCCAAUCUCGGGGAGAGAUCGCUAGCCGAUGUACACCAAGAGGGACUAGAUGAGCUACUCUCUGGAUUAACCCAUUCUUUUCCUGGUCACUUAAGCCACGACACACAUUUGUUAGGUGUGCCUGUCCUGGACACUUUGCUUGAAGUCUUUGCGCCGAAAGCACUUGCUGCGAACGAUGGACACCCUCAAGCUCUAAGUGAGUCUGUAGAGCAGCAGAACAUUGAAGAUGAGGAAAUGCUGCUGCACAGUGAGCUUCCGGCUGGUCAAGAUUAUAGGCCGGAUGAAUUACACGCAGCGCAAGACAUUAACCUAUCUGCCAAUGUGUCGUCCUCAGACUUAGACGGUAGCAAGAAUCAGCCGGUUCCUAUCGUGGAGAUCUCAAGCAGCCUGUCAGCCUCGGGAAAGUCCCAACUAUUAUACUAUCUCACGGCUCUCGCUAUCUUACCACGAAAAUAUGGGGACAUCCCACUCAGUGGCCAAGAGUCAGCCGUGGUGUUCAUAGAUACCGACGACCGAUUCGAUGCCGAAAGACUAAGAACCGUGGCUCGAGGUAUCGUGCUGCAGCAGCGAGGAAUAUCCGAAUCAAGUAUCGGACCUCAUCUUGAAUCAUUGCUUGUCUCUUCACUACAGCAUGUCCAUGUGUUUCGUCCGCAAUCUUCAUCCGCUCUUUUGGCCACAAUUCACACGCUAGAGUCGUACCUUUUCGAUCUCUCACGACAUCGUUCCGCAUCACGUCCCUUACAUAUGAUCGCCAUUGACAGUGCCACCGCCUUCUUCUGGCAAGACCGGCUGCGUGACGAAGUCGCGCGGACUGAGGAAAUUGGGCGCCCUCAGGCAGAAAUUGAUUCUGAGCGCGAGCAAAAGAAGAGGUUUCAUUUGUCUGACCUCUAUACCGAACUGGUGAGGGAGCUGAAGGCUCUACAGAGUCAUUUCCAGUGUGCAAUUGUAUAUACCGCAAUGGUCGCGGGAGGUCGAGCUCCCAGCCCUGGCCACUACGGCCAGUUCCAGGCUCGUGUUCCAUCGCUGAGACCUGCUCUCCCUGCACCCUGGGGCACUUUUCCAACAUUGCGUCUGAUUGCCCACCGGUCCUUUGUUCGCCCAUUCCCUCCGAGUAUGGCCGCCCAUGCAGCCGUGAAAGAUGCCGCAUCACGGCAGAGCGUGGUUCAGCAAGGGAAGAUAUCGGCAUGGGUCAAUCCGUGGGGGCGUGAUGAAUGGCCUCGUCGCAUAGUGGAAGCAAUCGAGGCGACCAAUGGUGGGAGCUUUUCAUUUUACAUCCGAGGCUCGGGGGUUGAGAUGACCGAUCCGGACCAUUGA